AUGCAAAAAGUUAUUGAAUGUGUACCAAAUUUCAGUGAAGGUCAACGAAAAGAAGUUAUUGAUGCAAUUGCACAUGCUAUUUCAUGUAUUAAAGAUGUAUCUUUAUUGGAUAUUGAUUCUGGUGUAUCAACAAAUCGAACAAUUUAUACAUUUGUAGGACAUACACGCGCAGUUAUUGAAGCAGCAAUAGCUGCAGCUCGAUGUGCACAUAAUUUAAUUGAUAUGACAAAACAUACUGGUGAACAUCCACGAAUUGGUGUCAUGGAUGUCGUACCAUUCAUACCUGUUCGAAAUGCUACAAUGUCUGAUUGUAUUGAUAUAGCACUUGAAUUUGCUAAUCGUUUAGCUUCAGAAUUACAUGUACCUGUUUAUUUAUAUGGUGAAGCACAAGAAAAAGAGUAUCGAAGAGAUUUAACACAGAUACGUAAUGGAGAAUAUGAAGCACUUUAUGAUAAACUCAAAAAAAAAGAAUGGCAACCUGAUUUUGGACCGAGUGAAUUUGUUCCAUCAUGGGGAGCCACUUGUGUUGGUGCAAGAAAUUAUUUAAUUACAUAUAAUAUUAAUUUAUUUAGUACAAAAGAACAAGCUCAUCGUAUUGCUUUAAAUAUUUGUGAAGAAGGAUCAAACAGCAAUGAAACUGAAAAAUUAAAAUGUAUACGUGGUCAUAGUUGGUGGUAUGAAGAAGGAAAUUUAGCACAAAUUGCUUUUAAUUUAAUCGAUUUUGAAGUAACUAAUAUUCAUACAGUUUAUAAUCAAUGUGUUAGUGGAGCUAAAAUGCUUAAUAUUGGUGUUUGUGGUUCCCAAAUUCUUGGUAUUAUACCAUUAAAAUCUUUAUUAAUGGCUGCAGAUUAUUUUAUUGAAAAGGAAAAUUUAUUUAUUCUUGAAGAAGAUCAAAAACUUCGUUUAGUUAUAGAUCGUUUAGGUUUAAAUUCGAUUACACCAUUUAAUCCAAAAAAACGUAUUAUUGAAUAUAUCAUACAUGAAGAUGAAAGUAUAACUUCAAUGAAAUUAAAAGAUAUUAUGAAUCAUAUUGGUUCACGAACAUUAAUACCUGGUGGAAAUUGUGUUACAUCUUUUGUUGCUACAUUAGGUGCAGCACUGGGCACAAUGUGUGCAUUAUUAACCUAUGGAAUGAGAAAAUGGGAAUUAUUCGAAAAAGAAAUGCGAAUAAUUAUUACUUCAUUACAUACAGCAAUAAAAUCAUUAAUGAAUACAGUUGAUACAAAUACUGAAGCAUUCAAUACAUAUCUAAUGGUACAACAAAUGACAGAAACAACUAUUGAAGAAAAACGUUUUAAAAAAAUGACUGAAAAAUAUUGUUUAGAACAUUAUCUUGAUAUUUCGUUAGAUGUAGCACAACAGAUUAAUAAUCUAUGGGAACCAUUUCAACGAUUAGCACCAUUAUUUAAUAUUGAUACUAAAGCAGAUUUUAUAGUUGGUAUUAGAUGUCUCGAAACAGCAGUAUAUGGCAUAUGUAAACGUAUUGAAUUCUUUUCUACUUCAAUUUUAUAUAGUGAUUUACAAACGGAGAUUAUACAAAAUAAUUAUGUAGAUACAGCAAAACAAUUACUUGAAAUCGCACAAAAUAUGACACAAACUAUUUUAGCAAUAGUUGAAACAAGAAAUUAA